UCUCUGCACGCAUCCUUCCCUCUCGUUGACUGUUUACUCCAUCAAUGGCGGAAGCGGCUUAAGUCUCAAAGAAUAAAAGUAGAAAACAGACGGACAAAAGGAAGAAUAGCAGCAACAUAUGCCCUGUUCUCCUCAAGUCCAAGUGAGUUCACUGAUUGAAGACAGGCUGCUGUGGAUCCUAGCCAUGGAUGAAAAGAUGACACCUUUGGACUGCCUGCUGCCCUCAGGCAAACAGAGGAUCUGUCUGAUCAUACUGAACCAGCCGCUGGAUAAGGACCACCUACAUAUCCUCUGGAGUAAAGCUCUCUUGAGGGCAUGUGCUGAUGGAGCUGCUAAUCACCUUCAUAACAUCACAGCUGGGGAUCGCGACAGCUUUCUCCCCGACUAUAUCAGUGGGGAUUUUGAUUCCAUUACAGCAGAGGUCAAAGCUUUCUAUGCAGACAAGGGGUGCAAGCUGAUAGAAACAGCUGACCAGGAUCUUACGGACUACACCAAAUGUCUUGCAAUCAUGGUGGAGGAGAUUCAGAAGCGACAGCUACAGGUGGAUACAAUAGUGACACUGGGUGGUCUGGCGGGCAGAUUUGACCAGGCCAUGGCAUCUGUGGAAACUCUCUACCACGCUCUGUCAAUGACACAACUCCCUCUGUUGAUCAUACAGGGAAAAAGCUUGGCAUAUCUACUCAGACCUGGCAGCCACAGACUGGAGGUGAAUACAGGUCUGGAGGGGGACUGGUGCAGCCUGAUUCCAGUAGGUGGACCCUGCCAGACACUCACCACUGGGCUCAAAUGGAACCUGAAUAAUGACGUCCUGCAGUUUGGCAAGCUAGUAAGCACCUCCAACACUUAUGAGCCCACUGACCCCGGAAAGCCCAGGAAGGCCGUAACCGUGACCACAGACCAGCCUCUUCUUUGGAGCAUGGGCAUCGGUAAAAACGGGGAAUGACAAAGAA